AGCUACAGCAGCAGGAGGAGCAUUUCAAGGUCAAGCGCGGACGACGCGAAUCGAGCGAGCGAGGAGAAGAAGGAGAAGGAGGAGGAGAAGAUGUCGUGGCAGACGUACGUCGACGAGCACCUGAUGUGCGAGAUCGAGGGCAACCACCUCUCCGCCGCCGCCAUCAUCGGCCACGACGGCAGCGUCUGGGCCCAGAGCGCCACCUUCCCCCAGUUCAAGCCUGAGGAAAUUGCUGCAAUCAUGAAAGAUUUCGACGAACCCGGAUCACUUGCUCCGACGGGGCUCUUCCUGGGGAGCGUGAAAUAUAUGGUGAUCCAAGGUGAGCCUGGAGCUGCUAUUCGAGGGAAAAAGGGCCCCGGUGGUGUCACUGUCAAGAAGACCAGUCAGGCCUUGAUAAUUGGCAUAUACGAUGAGCCCAUGAAUGCAGGCCAGUGCAACAUCAUUGUAGAAAGGCUUGGCGAUUAUCUAAUUGAGCAGGGUCUCUAGACAAUUCGGUAUGUUCUGUUAUUUGUUGGAAUCCCUGUUGCUUAUUGCAACCUUGCGUCUAGCAAUUGCCCUACUUGGAUUGUGAAUUGCAAUGAUAACAAUACUCGUGUAAUUUGAAAGUUCUAUGCGCACUCUAGAAGUUUGCUGCUUGAGAGUUGAUUUCUAUGGUGUCUUAUGAUUGUCUCUGUAUUAAUCUGAAUUGAUUGGAUGUAAUUGCGAAAGUUUACUCUGUUGAUGUAUCUAAUAGAACUGGUCAUUUCAUGUA